ACUGCUGCAAGUGAGGAGAGAACCUCUAGUCACGAUUUCCUUGUCAGAUGUGUUUACAGGGGUGUGGAGACAUUGGGAAAGGAAUUUUUUAUGUAUUUUGAUCAGAAAGCUUUGAGGAUUCACUUUGGUAUGAACGGUUCCAUGCGCAUUAAUCCUGAUGGAAGAAAAGACAGAAAUGGAGCACUACCAGUUUUGGAGAUACAGCUUACAGAGGAUACUGUUUGGUUUUUUGACGUGACAGUAGAGUAUAGAGAUGCAGCUGAGAGUGAGCAGAAAGUGAGAAUGAUGGAAAGCUUGGAUGUCUGUUCUCCAAAGUUUAGCUUCUUAAGAGCAGAAAGUGAGAUUAAGCAGCAGAACACCCGCAUGUUGUGUGAUGUGUUACUGGAUCAAGCAGUAUUACCCGGAGUGGGAAAUAUCAUAAAAAAUGAAGCACUGUUUGACAGUGGUCUUCAUCCAGCUGUUACGGUUUGCCAACUGACAGAUGAGCAUAUAAGUCACUUGGUGAAAAUGACACGUGAUUUUACCCUGCUUUUUUAUAAGUGCCGCAAAAUUGGGUCUCCACUCUACAAACACUACAGAGUGUACAAGCGCCCAGCCUGUGGUCAGUGCAACGGGAAGAUCACUGUGUGUCGUUUAGGAGAGAGUAACAGGAUGACUUACUUCUGCUCUCGAUGUCAAACGGCGGAUCCACAGCUUGUCAACAUUAGCAAACUGCCAACUAGAAAUAGCCUAAUUGGCUGGGCAUACGGCAGAGGGUCAUGUUCUAAUGAACGUGUAGCUCAGAAAUCUGAAGAGGAGUGGACGUGUGUGCGCUGUACCCUAAUAAACAAGCCUUCUGCUGAAAUUUGUGAUGCCUGUUUGACUUCAAGGCCUGAAGUUCCAAAGACAAAGAAUGUUGAAGAUUCUGCAGCCUUUAACAUAAACUUAAUGAAGUACCCUUGUAAUGAUUUCAGAAAACCAAGCACAGAAAUAAAGAUCAAUAGGAAAGCUGUAUUUGGAACUACAACUCUUGUCUUAACAGAUCUUGGUAACAAAGCUGUUUUGAGAAAUGAUACCCAAAUAUCUGAUGGACACUUUCAGUGUUUUGCUCCAAAAAGCAAUUGUAAUCAAAUUCAAAACAAUGCCUACGAGUCAGGGGGAAGCACAGGCAAGGAUUGCUCAACACACAUAACUGCAAAGGCUUUGUCCUCCUGUCAGCAACCUCUGUCUUUCAAACACGUACAGAAAAAACAGAAAACUGAUCAUAUACCCUCGGUUCACCAAUGUAAUACAGCAAUUAGCACACCUCAAGCUAAUAUGACAGAUGAUAUCAAUCUGUUAAGUGCGGGCCAUCCUCGCUGCAGUCAACACAACCGUCUCUGCAGCCUCAGAGUUGUGAGAAAGGAUGGAGAGAACAAGGGCAGGCAGUUUUACACCUGUUCCCUACCCAGAGAAACUCAGUGUGACUACUUUCAAUGGGCUGACUUGAAUUUUCCGUUUUGCAACCAUGGCAAGCGAUGUGUUAUGAAGACUGUCUUGAAGAUUGGUCCAAAUAAUGGAAGGAACUUUUUUGUGUGCCCUCUUGGGAAGGAAAAACAGUGUGGCUUUUUCCAGUGGGCCAAAAAUGGGCCAGGUAUGCAGGUUAUUCCUUGA